GUGUUUGCAGGCGGGACAAGGGUUGGACAUUACCUCACUCUGAAGGCUUUCUGGGGGGAGAAACGAGCGAGUAAUUAGCUGAUUAGAGGCCCGUCAGAGCAGCUAAGCUCUCAUCCAAUCCCAGCUCACAGCGGCCUUCAGCGGUCCAGACGAAAGGCUGCUGGAGAAACAGCGCAUCUGUCUGUUUGAGAGAGACGUUAAUGUCGCACAGUGACAUGUACAGGUGCAAUUUAAGGAAAACCGGUGGCGGGAUGUAAAAGCCAGCAGUUUAAAGUUUGAUUUAGUGCUACUAGUUUGCAGAGUGAUUUUUGUAAGUAAAUAAGAAGCGAGAGAAGAUAUUGGAGGAAAAGACUUCUGCAGUCUGCAAUAAGGCACGCUCCUUGAGCCUGAUAAGUUUGCUUCUUCAGGACUUCUUCAAGACUUCUCCUUGACAGCAGCCAUGGAAAAGUCAAAAAACUUCAGAAUUGACGCCCUGCUCGCCAGCGAGACCAUGCGGGUUGGCCGAGACAUGUCCCCGGGUCUGAACGACAGUCCCGGGGGCAGCCCGGUCUCCUGCCGCCGCGCCGACACGCCUUCCCCGCGGGCAGCGCAGCUCCAGGGCGGAAUACUCCCCAAGCCGAGCGUCCUGAGCCUCCCUCACCCGGGCCUGGCCAGCCUCUCCCAGAGCGGGAUCCCGGGCAUCUACCACGCUCCCAUGUACCCGCUGUCGGGUCUGGGCGGCCAGCACCCCGCCUUCUACACGGGCUUCACGCAGCUGCAGAGCUACCCGGAGCAGCUGAAGGCGGCGGCGGCCGCGGGCUCGCUCCCGCUGGAGCACUGGAUCCGCGCAGGCAUCAUGAUGCCCAGGCUGCCCGACUACUCCUCGGGACCCCAGUCAGGCCUGCUGGGGAAAUGCAGGAGGCCCCGCACAGCUUUCACCAGUCAGCAGCUCCUGGAGCUGGAGAACCAGUUCAAACUGAACAAAUACUUGUCCAGACCCAAACGCUUCGAGGUGGCAACAUCGCUCAUGCUGACCGAGACACAGGUCAAGAUCUGGUUCCAAAACCGGAGGAUGAAGUGGAAGCGCAGCAGGAAGGCGAAGGAGCAGGGCGCUGCCUCAAACCAGGCGGAGACAGAGCGACGCGGCGGAGGAAAAACCGCGACCGACAAAUCUGAUGAGAGUAGACGAGCUCUAAAUCCCAACAACAGAGGGCUGGAUCUCAGCUUGGAGGAUGGAGAAGACAUUGAAGAGGAGGAGGGGGAGGGGGAGGAGGAAGAAGAAGAAGAGGAAGAAACCCAGCAUGGGUACCCUGUUGCUUUGGGUAACAGAGUUGGGAUCCCUCGAGCCACAGACUUCUUGCAGACCGGCAAUGACCUUGGCUACGAUCCCCACAGUCCGUUUUCUGAUGAUGAGCUGGACAGGAUGCAGGUGGGAGGAGGAGACAGGAAGAUCGGGGCAGGGCUGUGAGAAGUCGCCCUCAAAUCCCCUGGUUACCUGAGUGUCACAGACUUUACGCCUGGUACAUGUCCCAAAAAAGGUCUGCAUUUAUACCAACUUGAAAAGACAAUUUCCAAACCUUGGUUGGCUCUGUGAAUAGUUUUUCAGAGUAAUUGCUGGAGUCACACAGCUUCCAGGCCCAAACAGAUGACAUAUAUAAACUGUUUACACUAUCUGUGAAUAAAAUAAUUUUAAGUACUCCACUUUUUAUAGCAUGCAGGGGGGAAAAAAGCAGGCAAUUGUCAACAAUAUCUGCCAAUAAUUGUCUUGUAACAGUCCGUUAUCUAAUUUCUCCAUUUGCACCUCCUUGACUCCUCUCCUCCACUCUUCUCCUUGCAUUUUAGUCCCUUCACGCAGAGGAUGGGAGGACAGACACAAGGAGAAAGGAGACAAUGUAACAUAACAAAGCAUUUACCAAACUGGGACAUAUUUGCUUCCCAGCGAACUCUGUAAAACAACACUGACAUGUGACACAACUGCGUCAUCUCACUACUGUUCUGUUGCGGCAUACGGGUGUAUUUUAUUCUUUCUGACUGAUGAAUUUUAAGGCGUUUGUGACAGCUUCUGUAUUUAUUUCUCGGUUCGUUUACAAUGUGGGAUUAACAUGUCACAUCACCAUUAGAUGUCAUAUAAAGGCAUCAAAGUGCACACUUGUGAAUUCUCGCCUUUAGCUUCUCUUUUAAACUUCCUCUCUCCCUCCUUAAAUGCAUUUUAAGAAUUCAGACAACUUUCCAAAUAUUUCCCCAUUUUUGGAUCAAAGGCAGGAAAGCAGACGGGAGGGGGGGUGGGAGACGGGAGUGCAGCUAAGAGGAGUAUGAUGUGUUUUUCUGUCUGCCGGCAGCAGGAGCUCCACGGUGAAUCCACGUUCUGCAAAUGACAAAUGUGUAGAAAGACACAUAAACUGUUGUGCUUUCAAACAGCUUGAAGUUGAACAGUCAGUGCAGCUGCAUCCUGAGUUACUGUGUGGUGCUACAUCUCAAGAAACGAAGCUCUGAAACAUCUGCUGUUAUGGAUAUUUUUGGUCUGAUGCUUUGAAGAACUUCUUAUCAGUUGCACUUAGAUUUGUGAAGAAUAUUACUGUUUUCCUGUCUUUGAUAAUGUUUUUAAUUUAAUCGUGUGAUUUACCUGUAAAUGGAUGAACCUAAUUUAUUUGAAUGAUUGCAAAGACGAAUCGUAUGUGUACUUAUGUCAAACUUAUUUGUGAUGUAACUGUGAAAUAAAAAACAAAGG